GAAAACAGGGACUCUGAGAGAGCCGUGGCGUUCCAACAUACCCAGUCGGCCAUUCCUUUCCUAUCUCAACUUCGUCUUCAGAGUUCGCUGAUCCGAUCCGUGCGACAGGGAGGCGAUCGCUACGGAGCACACGCGGAUACUGUACGUGGUACUUACAUUUAAUACAUUUAUUCUGGAAGAGGAGUGAGAGUGGAGAGCGAAGAGACAAAAAUGAGGUGGAACCUGGUGUUGGCUUUGCUGAUUUUGGCCGGAUGGACAAUUGGAGAAGAAGAGAUCAAGAUCGUCUUCACCGGUGACAUUUUCGGAUACUACGAAGGGCUCUACGAGGAGAGCGAAGCCCCAUUCACCCAACCUCCUCUUGGUAAAAACUCAAGCGGAGCAGAAAUAGGAGGCCUGGCACGUCUCAAGAAAAUUCUAUCUUCCCUACCUCCCGACAAAACGAUAUUGGUCGAUGGUGGAGGAUUCUUGGUUGGAAAUGCAUUUUGGAGUUCUCAGCUCAACGGAUCGAGCAUCGCCAGUAUCCUCACAAACACCUCGUACGACCUCGUUGUCCAGACGAAACUCUUUGCCGUAUGCGCGUCGAAGUCUGCAGCUUUGGAACUCAUCGGUUUCGCCCGUAGGCGCUCGUAA